CUGUUAUAACCUGUUACAUUUUAACUCGUCAACCAUUAAUAAUGGAUGCAUUGAAAAAAAAAUGAAGUUAAUUUUUAAUUAAGCUUUAGCCAAAAGCUAAGUAACCCUAGAUUAUUUUGCAAUCGCCAAAUAAAUAAAUAUAUUAUAUAUAUUAUAUUAUAAUAAUCGACGAAACAUUAAUUUAUUUUUAAGAAAUUGUAUCUAAGACAGUCUUAAUCCUAAUUUUAUAGUUAUAUAUAUAUAUAUAUAUAUAUUUUUAUACACAUAUUGUAUAUAUAUAUAUUAAUCUUAUGUACAUAUAUAUAUAUAUAUAUAUAUAUCUAUAUAUAUAUAUAUAUAUAGUAUAUGUGUGUCUCGUAUAAAAGGUUCCAUUCUAUUUCAUCAUAUUUUUCGCGUUUUGUAUGAAAAAGUAGUCAAAAUAUAAAAAAAAUAAAUAAAAAUAAAUUAAUAUAAUGUAUAUAUAUAACUAGCAAUAUAUAUAUAUAUAUACACAAAUAAAUGUUGUUUAUAUUGUCAACAAUUUUUAUAAUAUAUUUCAAUAUAAGCAAUGCGUCUGGCGGCUUAUUAAAAAACCUCUACAUUGGAGGGAUCUUCCCACUGAAUGGAAGUUGGGCUGGAGGUCGAGGCUGCCUUCCCGCGGCCCUCAUGGCCCUUCAUGCCGUCAAUGAAAGAGCUGACAUUCUACCUGGAUAUCGUCUGAACAUGGUUGCUCUCAACAGCGAGUGUAAGCCAGGAUUAGGUAUGGCGAAAUUGUACCAGUUGUUGUACAACGACCCAGUGAAGAUUAUGUUGUUAGGGCCGGGCUGUAGUACAGUAUCAACGUUCGUUGGACAGGCAGCUUGGAUGUGGAAUCUCGUCGUCCUUUCAUAUGGGUCAAGUUCUCCUGCCCUGUCCAACAAAGCGAGAUUCCCAAGUUUCUUCCGGACGCACCCAUCAGCCACCAUCCACAAUCCAACGAGAGUUAAACUUUUCAAAAUGUUCAACUGGACCAGAAUUGCGACGCUGCAAGAUACGCACGAAGUUUUCACGUCGACGAUGGAAGACCUUGAGGAGAGAUGCAAGCAAGCGGGCAUUGAAAUCGCUGUGAGGGCGAAUUUCCUCGGAGAUCCAGUUGAUGCUGUCAGGAAUUUAAAGAAGCAAGAUGCCCGAAUCAUCGUCGGAUUGUUCUAUGAAGACAAAGCCACCAAAGUUUUUUGCCAGGCCUACAAAGAAAAACUGUUCUACCCACGCCACGUGUGGUUCAUUCUUGGCUGGUACUCGGAUAACUGGUACACCAACGUCAACGGGACCAACUGCACCCUUGAAGAAAUGAAGGCAGCCGUCGAGGGCCACUUCACAACGGAAGGAGUGAUGAGGAGUCUCUACAGGGCUGAUCAAAUUGUCUCAGGAGAGGUUGUUGAGACCGUAUUAAAAAACAUGAAUGAAAGCAUCAAAAACGCCGAAAGAAUCGAGAAGGACCACCAACUAUCGGAAGUUGUCGGCUUCCAAGAGGCUCCUCUGGCGUAUGACGCCGUGUGGGCGCUGGCGCUGGCUCUCAACAAGACACAGACUGCUUUGCAGAGACGGGGCAAGAGCCUGGAGGAAUUCAACUACACAAGCAACGAGAUGAUGAUUGAAAUAAGUCAAGCUCUAAAUGACACGAACUUCAUGGGAGCAUCAGGCCAAGUAAUUUUCAACGACAAAGGUGACAGAAUAAGUUGGGUGCAAAUUGAACAAAUGAAAGGUGGUAGGUACGAACGUGUCGGUGUGUAUGACUCCAUGAAGGACAACUUGCUGCUUGACGCCCAGGAGUUCUGGCCCAACAACAGAAAGCCAGAAGACCGUAAAAUUAUUCAGAAAGAGAUGAGGACGAUAUCGUUCGUGUCUUUCGCCUCCAUGUGCUUCUUGGCUGCUUUCGGAAUUUUCUGCAGUGUUUUCCUGCUGGUCUUAAAUGCUGCACACCGAUUGCAGAUGGACAAUCAAAAAUCUCGGAACUGCAUGAACACGGUGAUGUUGCUGGGAUGUCUUCUGUGUUUCGUCUGCAUCUUCAUCAACGGCCUGGACGCUCGACUUGUCAGCAGAUUGACGCUGCUUAAAAUUUGUCAGGCUCAGAAAUGGAUUUUUUGUUUUGGAUUCACGCUAUCAUAUGGUGCCAUGUUCACCAAAGUGUGGAGUAUCUACAGACACACUAUCAGGCAAAAAACUGGAAGUCAUACUGUACACGUAACCACGGAAUCUUUUUUUGUGAUAAUCAUUUGUCUGGUAGUUGAUGUUAUCAUUUUGAGUGUGUGGCAACUGAUCAAUCCAACAAUCAUUGAAUUGGAGUUAUUCACAUUGGAGAACAAGCUGAACAUCUACAAGGAUGACACUGAAGUCAUAUACGAACUUGAGCACUGCUCCUCCCACAAUUACUCAACAUGGUUUGGCAUAAUGGCCGGAUUCAAAGGAAUUUUACUUCUUUUUGGAUUGUUGCUGGCUUAUGAAAUCAGAAAUAUCAAGUUGAACGAGGCAAAUGAAUCGCGAUUUGUUUGUGUGUCCAUUUACAACACCGUCAUUUUGUGCGUCAUAACGGUGCCAGCUGCCUGGAUCAUCCGAUCCCAUCAGGAUGCCACCUACUUGUUUGUUUCCAUCGCCAUUCUCUUGGGAAAUCUCUUCUUCAUGUUUGUCAUUUUUGUACCAAAGAUCAAGGAGAUGCAAAACAUUUCAGGCGAUUAUGUGUUCGAUGACACGCAAAAAUUUUGCAACGAUGAUGAGAAUAAAGAGAGACUCUUGAAGGAGAACGAACAGUUGAAGAUUUUGAUAACCGAAAGAGAAGAAAGAAUUCGUUUUUUAAAGCAACAGCUUCAUUUGAAACUCAAGAUUGAGAAAGAAAAAAGGAACAACGACGAAGAAAACCACAAUCAUUCAACAACAGAAGGUUGGAAAAACAAUAAACACGAAGCAACUGAAAAUAAUUACUUAGCAGGCAACAACUUCAAAUCAGACAAUCGUAAAAUUCCAAACUCGUUGUCAAAAAACUUGAUAGUAUGAUGGUGAAUUCAACAGACACCCUGGGUUGGAAAGCACACCCUUCGUGUGUGCAUGACAGUGAGAUCAGUUUUUAAUGACCUGAAAAUAUCUUUAAAAUAAAUUUUGACUAUAAGUGUUUUCUAAAAUAUUUUUAAAAUAAAAAUAAAAGGAAUCAAUCA